CCUACGAUUGUUUAUCCCAUCUCUCCAGGUGGCACUGAAAUCCGACCGCCGCCAAUUGCGGCUGCUCCGAAGUCUCCUGAUGUAAAGGCCCCGCAACCUGUAGUGUCCCCACCUUACCCCUGGCCGGCAAGCAAUCUACCCAGAACGCUUCCAACAUUGACGGCUCCACCGGAAGUUCCAAACGAAAUGCGGGGAACUAGUGUGAGAGUUGAGGGCGAUUCCUUCACAAACGAUUGCAGUGGUGGGUUAGGCUCUGCCGGUGGGAGUUCCGAGGGACGCGAAGGUUUGGAGUGGUUUUAUAAUGGGUUGAAACGGGUUUUCGCCACAUAUGGUGGAGACCAUGACGGGAGAGCUGAGGAGGUGAAAACUUCAACGGCUGAGCUUCAGAAGCUGGUCAUUAAUGAUGGGGAUAAGGAGGUCUCGCCUCUUCUAGCUGGUGACUGGCUCACUUUGGCAGGAUUGCACCUGAUCCUUAAAGCCAUUCCCAACUCCUUGAAGGAGGAGCUGGUAAGCACCCAACGGAUGUCCUGCAUUGAUGCGGUCUCAUUGCCGGAUUCCACAUUGCUUCUGGCAGGAUUGGAUCUUCUUACCAGUAAAGCGCUGAGCAAGUUUCCGGCUGAGUUGGAGGUUUUGGACACCGGUAUCGCGAAGACCACUAAGGCAGCGAAGGUUGAGGAUACCAUUGAUGCGUGUCCAUACCGGGGUAAGGGUAGUGCUGGUACUGGGGACGGGGGGAGUAAAGGGAAGGGCGCCAAAGGCGGGAAGAAAGGCUCUGAGGAGCAGCCCAAGGGUGAUGCGGGGGCAGCGGCUGAUGCCGCUCAAACCGCGCUACAUUGUGUGUUCGUCCCAGACGGGAAGGUGAAGAACCGGAUUGAACAGUGGGAAAACGAUGCUGGUCAGCAGUCCACCAUGAAUGCUGAAGGAGUGGCUUUGAUUCACGAGGCCAUGCAGGGUAUGGGGAUUGCUGACUAUGCGGAGGGUUUGUGUAGGGCGAUUGAAGUUGACGACGGCGGUGAGGGAAUCAUCACUGCGUGGACGGAGGCUCUUCUGAGGACCAUGUACCCCGCUGUUCCCGACAACGUUUGUGAUGAGGUGUCACGUUUCCUUCCAGGUAUGCACGAUGCCCGAUCGCACAUGGGAUACCGGAUCCUUAGCUAUUCGCUCUCGGGUGAGUUCGUACUGGGCACUCGGUCUGAAACAGCUGCCGAAGCCAUCACCAACAUGGCAGAUGUUUGGAAGCGCUACCACGAUAAUGCUGAGUCUCUCAAGGCCCUCGCAAAGCGCAAGGUGCUGGAGAGCAUUGUUGAGCCUUGGGGCGAUUCCGCAGCUUUCGGUAGCGGUCCGCCGAACAACAAUGAGUCGGUUGCGGCCGCCCCGGUAAGGAGCACAUUAGCGGGGCAGCAAGUUAAUGGGUUCGCGGGAGCGUUGGAUGCCGAGACUGGAGGUUUCGAUGACGCUCUUGAGGUGCCCUGUGAAGCUAGUUUGGCCGCCCCGGUAAGGAACACAUUAGCGGGGCAGCGGUUUAAUGGGUCCGGGGGAGUGUUGGAUGUCGGGACUGGAGGUUUCGAUACUCGUGAUGACGGCAUUCUCGAGGCACCCGGUGUUGAUCUGAUGAGGUUUUGCGGCGAUGACUGUGAAGCCAUUGGUGUUGGAGAGUUUGGGGGAUUUGAUUGGGGUGUUGACUCUGUUGUUUUGGAAGCUUCAGAGUUUGGUUUUCCUGACGGUUGCCCCCAAAGUGGUGAUGAUGAGAGUCUUGGCUCAUCGGGGAGUGCGGGCUUUGAGGAUUGCGAAAGUCGUGCUCUUAGCUUAAAGGCGUUGAUUGCACGAGAGAGUAAGUCCUUAAGCCGCGAGCCCGAAGGGUCUGAUGAUCGGGAUGUUGCUGAAUCAACUUUGGUUCAUGCGGUUAAAAGGUUGUUGCAAGCUCAAGAUAAGGCAGCAGCACAAGUCCCAUCUGAGAUUGAGUACUCCCUCUUACCGGACUGUGAGGUGCUAAGUACGCAUACCGUGCCAUUACCAGAAGUGUACAAGUAUUUCAGUCGGUGGAGAGGGUCAGCUGAAGCGGAGCUGUAUUCACUCAUUGAUGACAAGAAGGCCUUUAAACGCAUCACGCUUGCUGACAUUCGGCGCUUGGAAGCAGAAGGUGCUCGCGUAACCAUUGUUCCAGGUAAGGCCAUCUUUACACGAAAAAGCGGCGGACGGUACAAAACAAGGAUUGUUAUUUGUGGGAACUUUGUUCCAGAGGGUUGGGGCGAAGAUGGCAGCGGUCAGCAGAAAGCGUCAUUGUAUGCGGCAGGAUGUGAGGUUGCACACGUUCGGCAAAUCGCGGCACGAGGUGCUAAGGCCAAGUGGGCCGGCUACAUCCUUGACAUUAAAACCGCCUUUUUGAAUAGUCUGCUGUUAGACCCAUUCAAACCUCGGACGGCGCCCGCGCCAACACUCACUGACAAUCCUACGGAGCUCAUUGCUGUUCGUCCGCCCAAAGUCUUGAUCGCACACGGCCUCGCCGAUAAAGACGAGUUCUAUCUGUGUCUCCGUGCCGUUUACGGCCUGCCUCAAUCACCUAGGGACUGGGGUAUCACACGGGACCAAACCAUUACUGACAUGAGGAUUUCGGUUUCAAUUUCGGAUUUCACGGAGGUUGAGCUGUCCACACUUGAUCCGAUGCUUCGGGAGGCGAUUGGUAAGGAAAUGGUACUAGUGCCAUCGGCUGCUGAUUCCCAGGUGUGGUCACUUAGGUUGCCGAAUGUCAGUAAGGACGGUGAGCCUGGACAGGCGUUGGCGUGGAUUGCAGUCUACGUCGACGACCUGUUUAUUAUGGGUCAGAGGGUGUUCGCUUUGGCUCUUGUCAACAAGUUUCGAGCCACUUGGGAAACAGGUUCGGUAAAGGAAAUUCCGGAUUUAUCUCAGGGCACGGCGGCUUUCUUUGGGAUUGAGUUCGCGUGGAAGGGUGAUCAACUUCUGUUGGGCCAACAAGGUUACAUUCGUGAUCUCCAGACUAGGUACCCACACAUCAAGAUGCAGUGUGUGCCGUUGCCGCCUGGUAACAUCGACAUUCCUGAGGUGAGCCCUGAGGAACGAGACCCAAGUGCACUCAGGUCGUGUCAGGGUAUGCUAGGUGAAGUACUCUGGGUAGCUAUGAGGACAAGGCCUGAUUUGAUGUUUGGUGUAAGCAAGUUGGCAUCUAGCAUGUCCCGAAAUCCCACUGGCACGCUGCCUUACAUUGAACACCUUUUAGGGUACGUUUUCAACACCGUAGAUACGGUGCUGGCCUACAGCGCGGAUGAUCGUACCCAGGAGCUGUCAUGUGGCAUAGCAUCAGAGGCCUUGCAUCACAUCACCGUGCACACUGAUGCAUGUUUUGCCCCAGCGGCGGGGCGUUCCCACGAGUGUGUCAUAGCAUAUCAGGAUGGGUGUUUGGUCACGUGGCUGUCGAGCAAGCAGCCCUUCACCGCCCAAUCUACAGCUGAGGAGUUUCAGGCUGACAAUGUUGGCAUAGGUUACGUUCCAGGGGUCAGCAAUGGAGCUGACCUGGGGACAAAGAGUGAGGAAGCGGAUGUGCUGUCCGAAGCACAGCCUGAUGACGAAGAUAACGGAAGUCGUAGAUCCUCCGCCUCGCCCUCCUAG